AUGAAGUCUUCGCUCGUCAUGCUCUCGGCCGCCUUCGGCCUGGCCGCCGCCGCUGUGCCUCGCCAUAACCACCACGCUCACCACCAGCACAUGAAGCGUGACGCUACCGCCACCGAAAAUGUCGACGUCUACGUUCCUGGACCCACCGUCAUCAUGUACUCGCUCAAUGGAAACAUCGUCUCCGAGGCCGAGGUCCUCGAGGGCAUCAAGAACGGUACCCUGGUCUGGGCCGACGGCGCUCCGUCCCUGGCCUCUUCAUCCUCAGCUGCACCCUCGACCUCUUCUGCUGUCGCCUCUCCCAGCACCACCUUCUUGACCUCAACCUCGUCCAGCUCUGCACCAGCUUCCAGCUCGACCAGCGUUUCGGUCAGCUCCAGUGUUGCUUCUUCUGCCCAGAGCGCAGCAACAUCCUCAGCCGCUUCAUCUUCGUCCACUGGCCUUGACACUUCUUUCCCCGAUGGAGAGAUUGACUGCUCUGAUUUCCCCUCCGACUACGGUGCCGUCUCUCUCGACUACCUGGGUCUUGGUGGCUGGACUGGAAUCCAAUCGCCCGGUUUCGGAAGCUCCCUCCUUGGAAUGCUUAACAUCAAGACCGUGACCCACUCGACCUGCGGAGGCAGCGACUGCUGCUCCGAAGGCAUGUACUGCUCUUACGCCUGCCCUGCUGGUUACCAAAAGGCUCACUGGCCCACUACUCAGGGUUUGACUGGUCAGUCUGUCGGCGGCCUUCUCUGCAAGAAUGGCAAGCUCUACAAGACCAACCCUAACCACGACACUCUUUGCAUUACUGGCACUUCCGAGGUCACUGUCCUUGUUCGCAAUGAGAUGUCCUCAAGCGCUGCUGUCUGCCGCACUGAUUACCCUGGUACUGAGAGUGAGACUGUGCCUCUCACUGCCAAUCCUGGCAGUGUCGCAAACCUGACUUGCCCUGAUGCCACUUACUACGAAUGGACUGGCAAGACCACGUCUGCUCAGUACUAUGUCAACCCUGCUGGAGUCUCGGCCGAGGACGGCUGCCAAUGGGGAUCUUCCUCCAACCCUUGGGGUAACUAUGCUCCUCUCAACCUUGGUGUUGGUUACUCGAACGGUGCUGCAUGGCUCGCAAUUUUCCAAAACGCCCCCACUACCGAUGAAAAGCUCGACUUCACCAUCACCAUUGAGGGUGACAACAUGAGUGGAUACUGCAGAUACCAGAAUGGGCAAUACUGCAGUGGCAAGAACUACGACUCAUGCAGCUCCACCACUGGUUGCACCGUUUCCGUGACCUCUGGAACCGCCUACUUUGUGUUCUCCGACUAA